AUGUCUAGAAAUAAUGACAAUGACACGAUGGUUGCUUCAACAGAAUAUCAUUCCGCAAAUGUAACACAAGACAAUAUUAAGAUUAAAUUGAGUUCCGUAUUCAUACAUUUCUUACCAACGUUUUUAAAGGUGAUAUCGUUAUCUUUUUAUUCAAUAUUUGGCAUAUUGCUAUGUGGCCCGAAAUGGUUAUUCCAUUUAUCAACAAAUUAUUCAUUAAAAUUAAAUUUUUUUGUUUUCACUAUACUUUGCUCUAUUAUUACUUAUAUCGUUUAUAGUAUAAUGAAAAAUGGAGUAUUAUCCCAGUAUAAAAAAUUGACACCUGAUUUCGAUGAUAACAAUAUUAGUUCGACUGACACUAAAAACAAGUUAAUAAAUGAUAGAACCGCUAGUAAAACUAGAGAUCACUCAAGAGACAAUAUCAAGAAUUUCUCAAAUGAAAUGAAGUAUAAAUUCGAUAAAACUUUUCAUGAAGAUAAAACAGAAAGAAAUAAGGGUCCUACUUUUGUUGAUGAUGAUGACGAUAGCAAUAAAUCAUUUUUCUCCUCUUACCUAGAUCAAUUCUUAUCUGCAAUCAAAAUCUUUGGUUAUCUUGAAAAGCCAGUCUUUCACGAUUUAACUAAAAAUAUGAAAACACAGAAAUUGGAUGAAGGUGAAAUCUUAUUAUUAGACAAUUCAAUUGGGUUCGCCAUCGUAGUAGAAGGUACAUUACAAAUUUUUCAUGAAGUAGAAAACGAUUCUCCAACUACAAACACUCAAAAUGAUUACGACUAUUAUAGAUCAGCAAGUAUGGAGAACUAUAAUAAUAGUGAUAACUAUCAACCUUCAUCAUCACCAUCUGCUUCAGUUAUAUCAUCGGAAGAAAAUUAUAUUCCUUUAGAUGGAUCUGAUACUGAUGGUCAAAGUUUCAUUGAGAAUGAUUCGUCAGGUUAUAUCCAUUUGAAAAAUGGAUUAGGCAAAUAUCAAUUAUUAAAUACCGUAAAGCCAGGGAACCCUGUAUCAUCGUUGGCUACCAUCUUGACCCUUUUUACGAGAAACAGUGGUAUUUCCAGGGAACAAAACAACGUCAACUCUGGAAUAAAUACACCGAAGCCUUCAACGAAAAGGGAUUCAGUUCAAGAUCAAUUGGUAGAAUUUACCUUACAAAAUCAGGGUAAAUUAAAGGAGAAUGGUUUAAAUGAAUCAGAUGUUCCGCCUAACUCUGAAUUUUUUAAUCAAAGAGUUGUUCCAAAUCUUGGUUUACCAAUUCCAAACAUCCUUGCUAGAGCAGAAACCGAUUGCACUAUUGCAAUUAUUCCACCUCAAGCAUUUGAAAAUUUGACUUUAAAAUAUCCCAGAUCAGUAUGUCACAUUAUUCAAAUGAUUCUUACAAAGAUAUAUCACGUUACGUUUCAAACAGUCCAUAAUUAUCUGGGCUUAACAGAUGAAAUUAUGCAGAUUGAAUACUUGCUAAACAAAUCUGUAGACUAUGAAUUACCACCAUAUCUGAAGGACCAGGCAGUUAAAAAAGUUUUGUUAGAUAUGAAAAACCAAAGGUAUGAUAGUAAUAAAAGAAUGACUGCCACUACCGCAGGUACUACUGGUACUACGGGGGUCUUGGGAAGACAUAGGCCAAAAUUGCCACACAUACCUUCUAAGCAUAUUGUUUUAGGCUCUAGAGAUCAUUUAAAUCCAGGUGAUUUGUUAUCGAAUGUUCCUCUAUCUAGAAAGGAAGUAUCAACAAAUAAAACUACAAACCCUUCUACUCCAAGUGGAUCUCAAACUUUUGACAAAUUAAGAGAAUCAACAAAAUCGCCACUGUCUGUGACAUCCGGAAGGGUACCUAGUAAUGGAACGGAACCGACUGGAUUCUCUUCUCAACAAGAUGAAACAUUAGACUCAACUCUAAAGAUGGCUGUUGUUGAAGCUAUAUUUGCAUAUUUGAAUAUUAAUGAGCAGAAUAUGACUUUGAAAACGCCAACAAGUCAUUCAAGUCAAGUAUCAUUAUCCGGUCAGUAUACCAGUAACAGUUCUACUUUGACUCACAGAGAAUCUGAUAUUUCCUUGAUAAGCUCAUUUGCGUCAUCUAAUUAUCCAAGACACACAUUACGUAUCUUACCAAGUAAUUUUGCAAUUAGAUCUCCCAAAGUCAAAAGAAGCAAAAAAAAGAUUGAAUAUAAGGAAGAAAUCUCCGCCAGUCUUGAUUAUGAAUUUGCUAAAAGUGAGUUUUCAGAUGCAAUUCAAUUUCAAUACUUUAAACAGGGAUCUACAAUUAUUGAACAAGAUAAAAAUGGGAAAGGUUUAUAUUAUGUCAUUAAAGGUAGAAUUGAUGUUACAUUGUUGAAUUACAACCAAGGUGUAGAGGUUGAGCCGAUCGGGCACACGCCAAAACAAAAGAAGUCUAAACGAGGAAAUAGAAUAUUAUAUACUGUUGAGGAAGGUGGUAUAGCAGGUUAUCUAACUAGUUUAGUUAAUUAUCGAUCUUUUGUAGGAUUGAAAGCCAAAACUGAUGUUUAUGUUGGAUUUUUGCCCAAUGAUGUACUAGAGAGAUUGUGUGAUAAAUACUUUCUGAUAUAUCUAAGAUUAGCUGAAAACUUGACCAGCCUUCUAUCUCCAAGAAUUUUAAAACUAGACCACGCAUUAGAAUGGGUUCAUUUAUCUGCAUCGGAAACAUUAUUUAGACAAGGGGAUCCAGCAAAUGGUAUAUAUGUAGUAUUAAAUGGGAGGCUAAGGCAGUUUCGGUCUUCAGACACAACAUCCAAUAACAUGGUAGUAGGUGAAUUAGCUCAAGAAGAAAGUUUUGGUGAAUUAGAAGUAUUAACUGCAACAAAUCGUUUCAAUACAACUGUUGCGAUACGUGACUCAGAGUUAGCACGUAUUCCAAGAACUUUAUUCGAGUCCUUAGCUCUUGAACAUCCAUCUAUCAUGAUCCGUGUUUCAAGAUUAGUUGCAAAGAAGAUGAUGAUUCAAAAUUCUGAUAAUACCAAUGUUGCAAGGAUCGUUGGUGACGACGGUAACAAAUAUGACUUUGAUUUAACAAUACCAUCUGAAAGAAGGACGACACAUUUACACUCAUACCACAAUACCCAAAGCACAUACUCCCGUUCACGAACAUAUAGAUCCAUUACAAUACUCCCAAUAACGGAUGGAUUACCAGUAGAAAUUUUUGCAUCGAAACUAGUAAAUGCCUUUAAACAAGUAGGGCGUACUACUAUUGGUCUUAACCAAAGAACGACACUGACACAUCUAGGUCGCCAUGCAUUUGAUCGAUUGGCUAAAUUAAAGCAAAGUGGUUAUUUUGCCGAAUUGGAACAGAUGUAUGAAAUAGUAGUGUACAUUGCAGAUCCGUCAAUCAAUUCUUCGUGGACAAGUACUUGUAUAUCACAGGGAGAUUGUAUUCUACUUUUGUCGGAUGCCCAUGCAAGUAGUGAGGUUGGUAAAUAUGAAAAAUUACUAUUGGAUUCAAAAUCUACUGCUAGAACCGAAUUAAUUUUACUUCAUCCUGAGACUUACGUGGAGCCUGGAUUAACUCAUAGAUGGCUCUUACCUAGACCUUGGGUCGAUGCACACCAUCAUAUGAGAUUUUUGGUGAACGAAUAUGAAAGAGGCGGUAUUUCUGGAGAUUCUGAAAAUCAUGGCAUGAUGUCAUUAAUUGAUAAGAUCAUUCAAGCAGAUUUUAGCAAGAAGACACAGCAAAACAUUUCAAGAUUUCUUCCAGGUACAAUAAGGGCAACAGUUGAGAAUUUCUCUUCAAGAUUCAUGAAAAAGAAAACUCCUUAUUAUACACCUUUAGAUACAUAUAAGGAUGACUUUCUGCGUUUAGCAAGAAUUCUAUCCGGUCAAGCUAUAGGAUUAGUCCUAGGUGGUGGUGGUGCAAAAGGUAUCAGUCAUUUGGGUGUUAUACAAGCCUUAGAAGAACAAGGGAUUCCUAUUGAUAUGAUUGGUGGUACAUCAAUCGGGUCUUUUGUCGGUGGGCUUUAUGCCAAGGAUUACAACAUGCUGUCAAUAUUUGGUCGAACAAAGAAGUUUUGUGGUAGAAUAUCUUCUGUUUGGAGAAUGUUAACGGAUUUAACCUGGCCCGUAACAUCAUAUACCACAGGUCACGAGUUUAAUCGUGGUAUAUGGAAAGUAUUUGGUGAUACUAGAAUUGAAGAUUUUUGGCUACCUUAUUUCUGUAAUUCCACGAAUAUUACCGAGUCUGUACAAGAGGUUCAUUCUUUUGGGUAUGCAUGGCGGUAUAUUAGAGCUUCCAUGAGUUUAGCUGGUUUGUUGCCUCCAUUGGAGGAGAAUGGGAGCAUGUUGCUGGAUGGUGGAUAUGUCGAUAAUCUUCCAGUCCUCGAGAUGAAGGCGAGAGGUUGUGAUACAAUAUUCGCUAUUGAUGUUGGCUCCAUGGAUGAUAGAACUUUAAUGUCAUAUGGUGACUCUUUGAAUGGUUUUUGGAUUAUUUUUAAUCGUUUUAACCCAUUCUCAAGUCAUCCAAAUAUACCGGAUCUUACUGAAAUUCAAGUUAGGCUAGGUUAUGUCGCAUCCGUGAAUGCAUUGGAGAAAGCCAAGCAUACAAAAGGUGUGAUAUAUGCUAGACCUCCAAUCGAUAAGUAUAAUACCUUAGAAUUUUCAAAGUUUGAAGAGAUAUACAAAUUGGGAUUGAAAUAUGGUAGAAUAUUUUUUACAACUUUGAAAGAGGAUAACAAGAUGCCAAAUAUUCCCGGUGGAGAUGCCACUAUUAUCAACUCAGAAAUGCCUGAAUUUCUUUUACAUAGACGUAAUAGUAUUUAA